AUGGAUUUCUUAAUUUUUUGUCCAGUAUUCCCAGUUAGCUGCGUGCCCCAUCUCAGACGAGCGAGCACAAAGACCUGUAACAUUCAAGGAACAGGAAACAUCCGCUACCUCGCAAGUGGCUGGAUCUGGUUCAACUACGACAGUGAAACUCGCGGUCACUACAAAUGUUAG